UGCUUAGCAAACAAGGAGACUUAUUAUAUCCAGAUAUUUAAUAAGAUAUUUUUAUAUCAUAGGAUAUCCUAGUUUUGUGUGUAUAAGGAUAUAUCUAAAUUGGAUUCAUAUCCAUUGAUAUUAGUUACAAAAUAAAUUUAACGUCUAAAUUUAUCCGUCCUCAAACUGGGUUUCGAGUGACUAGCUAACAUCUGCAAAGUAUGAUGGAUUUGCAGGGUGAAAGAGGAGGAGGAGAUGAAAAAACAAAUGAAACCAUAAUUGAGAAAAAAAAACUUUCAUUCAGCGUAGCUUCACUCUUAGAAAACAAGUUUAUGUCCCCCGUUGUUCAUCGUGAUCACGAUGAACAAGAUGAUGAUGAUCACGAUGAUGUUCAUGACGAGAGUCGGGACGAGGAUGAGGACGUUUCUGUAGACUCUGACUGUGAUGAUAUAGAUCCUGGAAAUGAGGAGAGAGAUGGAGCAGUGUCUCCGCCCUCCCUCCCUCGUCACCCCCUGGCGUACCCCCAUCCCCUCCUCUCUCUCAGACAAGAUACUCCAAACCAACCAAAAUUCUUUAAUAUUUUCCCCCCUGGGAUGAACGCCUUUAAUCAAGCAAUGUUUAGUUCAGGAGUUAUGAACGGGCCCCAAGUUCCUCUGAAAUGUACCCUGAGAAAACAUAAACCGAACCGGAAGCCCCGGACCCCCUUCACAACCCAGCAGUUGAACUCCUUGGAGAAGAAGUUCAGAGAGAAACAAUAUCUUUCCAUAGCAGAGAGAGCAGAAUUCUCUAAUCAUCUUAAACUUACAGAAACUCAAGUCAAAAUUUGGUUCCAAAACAGAAGGGCAAAAACGAAGCGAAUUGCAGAAUCUGAAAUGGAACGCCUACGUUUCGCCUCGGCGCCCAUGAUGCCACGCCCCUUUGGUAUUCCUCCCUCUUUACUACCAGGGGCGCUGAAUGUCUUUCAUCAAAUGAAUCAAUCUCAUCUCAUGAACCCAUUUUCUCGAACCUCCCUGUCAUAAUCUAGUUUUUAACACCCCGGCUCCCAGUUAAAUUUAAAGUUAAGAACAGUAUUCCUUCUGAUCGGAGAAAAAAUGGGUUCUCCAGCUAGUUAAUUAAUUUCUGAAUAUGUUUAGUUUAUGUGCUGUGGUCGCCAUAAUAAAGUGGAAUAUAAAGACGGCAUAGAAAUGAGAUAAAUAGUAUGUAUUGCUGUCAUGGAGGGUAAAAUUUUUGUAUUUUAUAUUAUUUUGGGGACCACUGUAUACAAUAAUUUAUUAUUUGUCAGGUUUACAGAACCAAAGUGGUUGUGAUACUAUUUAAACAUUAUUGAAUUAAAUUCACUAAGAAUU